UAUUCGAAAGGAGAGUCCCAGAGGUACUGACGCCUAUAUGCGAGUGUGGAGAGGGGCGAGAGACUGUCGAACACCUUGUGAUGUGGUGCUUGGCCCCACCGUUGACUCGAAGAUGGGAGAGAGCCGAAAUCAGAACGCGAAGGGACUUUUAUUCUGUCCUACAGGGAAUCAGUCCCAAAGCUGCACGGCUAACGGGGAGGAUCCUGGACUGGCUGAUGGACUCGGGGAAACUGCCGAUGUACGGUCUGGCCAGGAGGCUGGAGCUGGAGCUCGCAGUCUGAUACCCGUUACAUUCGAAGGCCAAGAGGCCUUCCCACUUUGUAUUUGCAGGAUCGCACACUGAUCGUUUCCUUGAUUGUCGAUAUGGGUUUUUCACCCGGCCCACGAGGGCGCGGUUUUCCUGUAUAGUAAGUUUGUUGAAGGUCCGGCAAGCCCAAGGGCACAG